GAUGGUGCAAUGGAUUUGCUGAAGGAACUGAAGAGUAUGCCUAUAACUCUGGACUUGUUGCAGUCCACCCGGAUUGGGAUGUCGGUGAACGCGCUGAGGAAGCAGAGCACUGACGAUGAAGUGAUCUCACUUGCCAAAUCACUUAUCAAGUCCUGGAAGAAGCUUCUAGAUGCUUCCGAGGACAAAGGUGAGGAGAAGAGGAGGAAUUCUUUGUCGGCAUCCUCCUCAAAGGAGAGCAGCGACUCGAGAGACCAAAGCUCCAACAAAAGGCAGGACCCGCCGAAGACCCCGACCACGCCCAAAAUCACCACCUUCCCGCCGGUGCCCGUCACCUGCGACGCUGUCCGCAACAAGUGCCGGGAAAUGCUGACUUCUGCCCUGCAGGCUGACAACGACUACGUUGCCAUUGGGGCCGACUGCGAGCACCUCUCUGCCCAGAUUGAAGAAUUUAUAUACCAAGACGUCAAGAACACCGACAUGAAGUACAAAAACCGAGUGAGGAGCCGCAUCUCCAACCUGAAGGACUCCAAAAACCCAGAGCUGAGGAAGAACGUGUUGUGUGGGGCAAUUACCCCGGAGCAGAUCGCGGUGAUGACCUCGGAGGAAAUGGCCAGUAAUGAGCUGAAGGAGAUCCGGAAAGCCAUGACGAAGGAGGCCAUCCGGGAGCACCAGAUCGCUCGGACGGGAGGGACCCAGACCGACCUCUUCACCUGUGGGAAGUGCAAGAAGAAGAACUGCACGUACACGCAGGUGCAGACCCGCAGCUCCGACGAGCCCAUGACCACCUUCGUCGUGUGUAACGAGUGUGGGAACCGCUGGAAGUUCUGUUGAGACAUCUCUGAGCCCGGCAGUGGCAGCCCCACCCGGACAGACCGCAGCCUCUAGUCUCUGACUUCUCCAGCCAUUGUGUACUGUGUCCCAAGUGAGUUUCCUUUGUGUCACGCCCUAAGGGCUUCAUCUUGGGGGGAGGCCUGGCUCUCGGGUUGUGCACCUGUGUCGAGGAGCAGCUGUGAUUGGAAUCCAGGGGGCAGACAGACCAGCAGGGGAGUCCACUCCAUGCAUUUUGGCUGUAUUUUCUCAUCCAGAUAAGUAUGUCAUUUUUUCAUAACAGUAUUAAACUUUUUUUUUGCCAAG